GACGUUUACCAGUUGGCGUUUCACCAUUUGGGCGUGCCCUUUCGAAUGAUGGCUGGGCCUGCCAUUCUGACAGCCUCCAACCAGUACAUGGGCCUGGUUCAGUUGGGCAUAGAGAGCGAGUCGUUCUUCGCGCAUGCGUCGAACGCCAAGGGCCAGCUCUGGGAGCUCCUGCAGGCGGGACUGGAUACUCAGAGUGCUCGGGAGGGCGCAAGUCUUCCAGGACUGCAGUGUUUCCGAGUUGCUUUUUGA